AUGGGGCUCCCGAUGUCCUCGACGCUGGCGCGAUGGGCGCGGGCGGCGGCGGCGCGAUAUCUAGCAGCCCCCUAUCCCUCUCUCUCUCCCGUCCACACGCGUCCCCUAUCUCCGAGGCUCAGCUCCCGCGCGCUCGAUGUGCUCCUGGACGUCGUGGAGCAGUCCCGGAUCGGCCCCACCAAGGCCGUGGAGGUCGGCGCGGUGCACGUCCUCGUCAAGCUCCUCGCGAAUGCCGACGACCGCCACGACGCAGAGCGGAUACUGUUGCUUCUCAAGUGCCUGUGCAAGUGCCCCGAGGGCCGCAUGGCCUUGUCGGAACACGACCUGUCGGUGGCGGCCGUAGCGAAGACGAUGCUGCGGGUGUCGGAGCUCGCCACCGAGCUGGCCAUCAAGGUUCUGUGGCUCGUCUCUGUGGUGGCGCCCUCGGAGAAGGUCUUAGAGGACAUGGUGCUGACCGGCGCAGUGGCGGGCUUGCUGCACGUCGAGAGCCCGCCGACGACCAAGCAGAAGACGGUGCGGAUGAUGAGGAUCAAUGGCGUGUUCUGGCGGCAGUACACGUGUUUCCCUACUGAUCUCAGGGAGAGGAGUGCCGCCGCGGCCGCGGGGGCAGGAGAGGAGCUAUAA